AUGGGAAUUCGAUUGAUUCUGGAUGACGGCAGCCACACCUUCUUAUGGAAUAAUACAGAAACAGCUAAAGAGAAAAGCCCUUUACAAAGGAAGGAAUCCAUCCUAGGAGACUAUUUCCCGCUGAGAAAAUCCACUAAAAGGCAGCUGAUGAAAACCUCACAAGAUGAGCCAGAAGAUGCUUCGUUAAACGACUCCAGUCCGAAAAGACUCUCUAUAGCCGAACAUAAAGAGGACACAACAACCAGUCCAUCAGAGAGAACCGCGAGUGUUAUAAGCGAUCCACAGCGUGUGUUUAAGGUGGUGUUUUUGGGUAAUUCUGGAGUGGGAAAGAGUUCCUUCAUCCAUCAUUACUGCAGCGGUCAGUUCCCCAACAACAUGGCUUCAACUGUGGGGAUGGAUUUCCAGGUGAGGAGCGUAAUGCUUGAUUCUACACCUGUCGCUUUGCAGCUGUGGGACACUGCAGGACAAGAAAGAUUCCACAGCAUCACCCAGCAGUACUUUCGCCGAGUGGAUGGAAUCAUCGCUAUGUAUGAUGUCACCCAGGAGACGUCUUUCAAAGCUGUUCGCCAUUGGUUGGACCAGGUGCAGGAAAAGAUGAAUGAAGAGGCGUGUCUAUUGUUGCUAGGCAAUAAGACAGACCUGGUGACUGUUGACAGGAGGGAGGUGACCGCGGCACAGGGCCGGAUGCUGGCGGAGCAGUUUCAGGCUGAGUUCUAUGAAUGCAGUGCUAAGAGUGGACACCAGGUGGAAGAGGCCAUGACACACCUGACCAGGUUACUCGCCUCACAGCAGGAUAAUCAGUGCGAGUCUGCGCUCAGUCUUGAGAAUUCUCCCAACAGAGGGCGCUGUUGCAAAUAGGCGGAUCCUCAUUUCCGAAUUCAGGCUUCCUCAUGAAUAUUAAUUAUGGCUGAAUUGCUCUGAUUAUUCAUGAGCCAAUGGAUUCCUAAACAUACGAACCUCUAAAUUCAGAAUGUUCAGGAAAUAUGUCAACUGUAAAAGGUUAUAAAAUAUUAUCUGGAACAAUUAUAAGAUUCAUUUAAAGUUCAAUACAAGUUAAGCUCAAUUGACAGCAUUUGUGGUAUAAUAUUGAUUACCACAAAAAAUGAUUUUGACUUGUCCAUCCUUUUCUUAAAAAAAGGAGAAAAAAAUCUGUGUUACAGUGAGACACUUACAAUGGAAGUGAAUGGGGGCCAAUCCAUAAACAUUAAAAUACUAAUUGUUUCAAAAUUAUAGACACAAGAUGUAAACAAUAUGUGUGUAAACAUGAUUUUAGUGUGAUGAAAUCACUUUCUAACCUUUUCUGUGUAAAGUUAUAGCCAAUUUUACAAAUUCAUUGCCAUGAGGAUGCAACGCUGGAAACCUAAUGAUCAUACAAAUUACUGUUUAAACAACGUCACAGUCAAAAAAACAACAAAAAAAUAAAACAAAACACAAGUUUUAACAGAAGAAUGAAUUUAAGUGCAUUUAUAAAAUUAUUAGCUUCACAUUUCUGCCUUUAAACCAUCUAAUAUUUGGCCCCAUUGACUUCCAUUGUAAAUGCCUCACUGUUAACACAGAUUUGUGCUUUUUUUAAAGAAAAGGAUGAUUUUUUUUUUUUUGUGGUAAUCAACAUUAUAACACAAGUUCUGUUGAUUGAUAUUAACUUGUAAUGAACCUGGAAUAUAUUUUUAAGAUUAAAACACUCCAACAAUGUAUUACACCAAAUUAACUGUUUACACAUUUACAACUUUUUUAUUCACUGAAGUCAGCUACUUAUUUUGAUUUAACAGAGUAUACUGUUAAAAUUAAGGUCUGAAACAAAGUUAGUAUUUAAAAAUAAGUAUUUAUGCAUUUUAUAUUAAUCAUUUUGCGGGCUUGAGGCAAUACAUUAUAUAAACAACAUUUUUGGAAGUACAGAAUUAAAUGUUAUCUGCCAAUUUUACAUAUUCAGGCUAAAUUUUAAACUGUGAACUUACAAAUAUUAUUUUUGUAUUUGUAAACGGAAGUAUGCAUCAUAAAAGUUUUAUUAUUUAUAUUUUACUGUUGUAACAAUUAUGUCUUCUUUGGGGUUUCCGAGCAAUAAAUAUGUUACA